UUUCACGUUCCUAACAGGUUGGAGAACAGAACAACUGUCAUCUACUUUGGUAAAUUGAGAAUAGGUGGAAAAAUAAAAUAAUUUCAGAAAUAUGUCAAGUCUAACUGAGGCCCUCGAUGAAUGGAAUGCCCUCGACGAAGAGUAUCAGCAAAUUCAGGAGACACAUCGGUUGUACUUGCAGAAACUAAAUGAAAUAUCUAAGCUGCAAAGCAAUGUCUCAUCUUCUAUUGCACGUCAGAAGAAAAGACUAAAGGAAUUGUCUUGGUUAAUGAAAAAAUGUAAAGGACUGAGUGAAGACGAGAUAGAAACCUUAGAUGGAAUCAAGGACAAUAUCAAAGCCAGACCCAACAUUUUCUUUGAGAUGGAGGCUUUCCUUCCAAAGAAGAAUGGGCUGUAUCUGAAUCUUGUUCUGGGGAACGUUAGUGUUACUCUUCUGAGCAAGCAAUUAAAAUUUGCUUACAAAGAUGAAUAUGAAAAGUUUAAGUUGUGUCUCACGAUGAUUCUGCUACUUUUCUCCUUCAUAUGCACUUUCUUUGUGAGUUACCGGUUUGUUGAUGCUAUCCUGAACUUCUUGCUGGUCUGGUACUACUGCACCUUGACCAUCCGUGAGAGCAUCCUGAUCAGCAAUGGCUCCAGAAUCAAAGGCUGGUGGGUUUUCCAUCAUUAUGUCUCUGCCUUCCUCUCUGGAGUCAUGCUGACAUGGCCUGAUGGCGUCUUGUACCACACCUUCAGGAACCUGUUCCUUGCCUACUCCUUGUAUCAAAGUUUUGUACAGUGUCUGCAGUGCUAUUAUCAGAGCGGCUGUCUGUACAGACUAAGAGCCCUCGGAGAGAGACACAACAUGGACCUGACUGUGGAGGGGUUUCAGUCUUGGAUGUGGAGAGGGCUGACGUUUCUUCUUCCCUUCCUGUUUUUUGGUCAUUUCUGGCAGCUCUACAAUGGGCUUGUCCUGUUCAGAAUGGCCCAGCUCCCAGACUGUAAAGAGUGGCAGGUUUGGACAUGUGGUGUCUGCUUCUUGGUCCUCUUCAUGGGGAACUUCUUCACAACAGUGGCAGUCGUCCGCCAGAAGUUAAAGAGCAAGAGCCAGAUCAAGUCCAAGAGUCAGUAAUGUAGAAAGGAAGGAUGAGAGGAAUGAUGUUGGCACAUGGUCAAAUCAAAAAGUGUCCCUUUUACAACCAUGUCUAAGUCUAGGUUGUUGGUGUCUACAAAAGUUUGAUAUUUUGACUAUGAUUCUUUUUUUUCUACAGCAGUUUACUCAUUCAAUGUUUUGAUUGCCACCUUAGAUUUAUGGAUGGAGAAAUUAAAUGAACGAUUCCUUUAUGGUGACAUUGUCAUUGAAGAAAGUUUUGUAAUACAUUAAUUAAAUAAUG